GGCGUUCCGUCGCUAAAAUUGUCCGGGUGCGAACGGUGCUCGUUGGCGAGCUCCGCAAGGUCACCACGUGAGGGCUGGUGCCCGUUGUGUAAGAAUCAGCGCUGAAGAGUGGCGAUGACGGUCGUUGCGUCGGUUUUCCCUGUCUUAAUGGGACGGCAGUUGACCCUGACCGCCUCAGGUUUACCCUCUGGGCUGCGGCUCUCGGUGCGGGGCCUGAAGGGUCACAGUGUAAGAUCCGGACUCCACAGCCCGGGAAAAUCCUGCCCUCCUCUGGGAGCUAAAACCGCCCGGAUGGUCACGAACCGGGAGCAGGUUUCGACCUCAGUUCGAAAGUUCGUCUGCUCCCCAACGCUAGCGGGCAACGUGGCCUCCCUGCUGACGAGUGGGCGAAAUUUUGAGGAGUCCAGAACCUUCCUCCUGGAAUUCGAGGCAGGUCCUGGAAUCUUGACUCGAAAGCUGCUUAAUGCUGGAGCCCACGUUAUAGCUCUAGAGAGUAAUAAAUCCUUUCUUCCUAACUUAGAGUCUCUAAAGAAAGAAUUUGAAAGCCAACUGGAAGUGGUGCACUGUAACUUCAUAAAAUUGGAUGCUAAUCCAUAUGGAUUGUUAAAGGAGUCUGAAUUAUGUUCUGAAACGCUUUUUAAGAACCUGGGAAUCUUUGAAGUUCCUUGGACAGCAGAUAUUCCUCUAAAAGUGGUUGGAAUUGUCCCAAGAAAACAGGAACGGCUCUAUCUUUGGAGACUUACUUAUUUUUUAUAUGAAUGCAGCUCUAUAUAUAAUUAUGGAAGAAUAGAACUGAACUUGUUUGUCAGUGAAAGAAUGUACAAGGUUUUUGUUGCAAAACCUCCAGAUAAAAGAACUUAUCAAUCACUAAGUGUACUUUGGCAAACAGCUUGUGAUAUUCAUCUUCUGCACAAGGAGCCCUGCUCUUCAUUUUUAACUAAUUCAAAGAACAGCUGUUCUAUACCAAAUAGUGAGAAUGAACAUUUAUACUUAGUACGACUGACACCCCGCAAAGAUUUAUUUACAGACUUCUUGACAACCACUAAUUCAAGAGUAUUUGUUAUGAUGGUAAAGCAGUGUUUUGCUAAAUCCACAAGUAAGCUACUCAACAAAUUGAAUUUAUGGACUUUUGAGAAUGCAAAGAACCUGCUGAGAGAGUUAGAGAUUCCAGAAAAUGCUACAGCUGGUGGUUUAUAUCCAGAAGCAUACAAGUCUCUUUUUGAACUUAUGGAACAGUCUAAUCGAAUUGAUCAAAGUUUGUUCUAUGAUGUUGAUUUAUUGGCAGAUGAUAGCCUAAUUUUUUAAAGUGAAAUCUAUUUAAUUUAAACUGUCUUUUUGUAAACUGAAAUAUGAUACAGAGGACCACUCCUUGAAAUCUUACAGAGAAGAUAAUCGUUGUGUAUAUGAAGAUGACAGUUCUAGAAAAUUCAAGCUAUUCAAGCAAGGAUAAAAUGAUGGAUCCUAUGUGAUCAAGUCUGAAGUUGCUAUAUCUUAAAAAAUGCAAAGAUAAAUCCCAAACAUUGUAGCAAAUGAACUUUAUUCUUAUGCCUUGUAGGCAGGCUCUGUUUGGAAAACAUGCCAAAUGUGAUGUGCUUUGUCUGUCUCAGAAAAAUAACAAACAAAUGUAAAACUAUAUAGAGAUACUGCAGUAUAUGUUCAUUAGUUCUGUAUAAAACAGAUGUGCUCUAAACCAGUGUUUUGCCAGGGUAAGAGUGAAUGAAAAACACAAAAGAGAAAGAGAACAAAAAAGGGCGUUUUUGGUUUAAUACAACUCAUUUGAUCUGUAUCCAGCCUUUAUUGUAUCCCGCUUUGUGAGAUGACCAACACAGCUUAUACUACAUAAAAUAAGCAUUUCUUAAUUUAAAAUGAGAGGUGUUUCUCACCAGUUUAUAAGAUUAGGUUUCUUCAGAUGUAACAUUUAAAGAUGGUUAUAUAAUAAAAUCCUGGGAGUUUUAAGAAAUUG